AUGCCGUCUUGCUCUGUUAAAUGGUUUCCAAGAGAUAAAGAUCUGUGUCAGAAAUGGAUUGACGCCGUUCGUCUUGAACGACAUGACCCCUGGUGGAAUUCUACUAAGGCGUCCAGAAUAUGCUCCAUUCAUUUUAAAAAAGCGGAUAUGAUAUCCACUCCCUGUAAAGUCAAUGUACUUACCAAAUCCGCAGUACCAAUUUGUACGAUGGUGUGGUAUGACAAUGAUAAUGAUGAAUCGUCCAAUUUAUCACUUCCUACAGAAAAUAUAAACCUCAAUGACAAUACAACAAAGGCAGACGAACUAAAAGAAUCUAAUCCAAAAGUGCUUGAACAGGCAAAUACUAACGUAUCUGAUGAAAACGGUCCACGCCAAGAGCCAGUUAAGGUCUUCGAUAUAUUAGCAGAAUCCAAAAAGCAACGCUUGAACGACAGUCAAGAGAGAGAGUUAACAAAUGAGAGAACAUCAUCAGAACAAGAAAAUAAAGACCAAGAGAAAUCCAUCGAUAUGACAGAAUUUAUAAAAUUUAAUACAAAAGAUACGUGUGUAAAACUAAAUGAUACUACUAGUAUUAUAUUGAAAGAUGUCAAUGAGACAUCAAUCAAUACAUGUCAGGUGCCAAAUUCGAAUACAAGUGAAACAAAAGACGAAGUUGAAAAAUUUAAAUUACUAGAAAAUAACGAAUCUAAGGAUGAUAGUAGCGAUGAACCAAAAACAGAUUUGUAUUCAGGCGAGAUACAACAGAUUGAUUUAAAAUCCACUUUCAUUGGAAAAAUAUUAAAAACUUAUUUACCGAAAAGGAAGUUUAAGAAAUCGCGUCAAAAAAAUAUUCCACAAAUAUGUAAAGACAAUGACGAAAAGAAAUCGAUGGAUAUGAAAAUUGACAAUAAUGAUUUAAUAAAUCCUGUGUUUAAUGAAACAGAAAUUGAAAUACGAGAUAUUUCAACUUAUAAUACUGAAACGCCUGUUGAAAUAAUAGAUAAAAAUAACAUAAUCUUCUCUGAAGAUUGUUUAGUUAAUAAUGUGAAUGUAGACGAUGGAAAGAAAUCACGGAGAAUAAACUUCGAUGACAUACAUAUAGACAUUGUUGGAAAACAACAAAAAAUCAUAGACAAGGAAUCCAUUAACGACCUUCGUAAUGUAUCGAUGGAAAAUAUGUGUGUUCAAACAAGCAGAGAAAUUUCCAUAGAAACAAACUUGAGCAAUAAUAAUGAUAUGAAAGAUUCAAAUACACAUUUAAUUUUGGAUUUAGACACUCAGCUUUAUACAGAAACCAAUACGGUUGAUAAUAUUAUAGACAUAAAAGAAUGCUGCGAAUUAACUAAUGAACAGAAUAAUCAAUUAAAUGGUGUUACUGAAACAGCACUAAUAACAGAAUUAAUAGAUGCUAAUGAGAGUACACCACUGAGGAGUGACGUAAAUACUUUGUCACAUGUAAACGAAAUAUCAUUGAUAAAUAUAUCUGAUCCUAUACAACAGAAGAAUGAUUUAAUUUUAGAAUCAGAAUAUGAAAUACAUACUGAUUUUGAUAAUAAUGCACCAGAAUCCCAGCAAAAUAAUGAUAUUUUGAAUGACACUAAAUUUCCUACGAAAAAUGACCUUUUUAACACACGAACAUCGGAAAAUAUCAAUAUUGGUUUGGAGAAUUUACAAUUUGCAGUGAAACUCAAUUCUACAUUGAACGAAUUUGAUCUUAAAAAGGGAGACCAAUAUGGUGAAUCAUCUUUAAACAAUAGUAAAUUAGAAGCCAUCAGGCAAUUAGGUGCAUCAACAAUUGAUAAAGAAAGAAUGAAUUUGUUAACAAAGGAUGUUAGAGUAAACGUUAAUGAUUACGAGGAAGGAGAUUUAGAACAGCAAAUAAUUCUACAACAAGAUGUCCUAACAUCAAAAGAAAAUGAGAGAAACAAUGUUAUUGUAAAUAAUUUAAUAUGGGAAAAAAGCCAAGAAGAAAGGGUUCUAUCAGCCUCAAUGAAAUUCAAUAAUUACAGCCAUUGUGAAAAUAAUUAUGCAAUACAGAGUAACGACCGGUCUGAUAGACAACUUUCAGAGUUAUGCAACGUUGAUAACAAUAAAACUCAUAAUGAAACUUACUUCCCGGAGUUACUGAAACAUUUAACAGCUAAACCUAAAAUGAAUUCACUCGUAGACUUAUGUACGAAUUCGUUAACAGAAGUUGAUAAAAAAAUAUUUUCAAAAUAUGGUAAUAUGGCACUUGUUAAUAAAAAAAGAUUGCAAGACAUAUAUGGAUAUAACGGCGAAGAAUUAUAUAGAAAUAUUGACUCAGAUAACGAUGCAUCCACUUUAUCAGAGAAUAAUAUGAAGGAAAGUGAAGGAGAAAAAUUUAAUUCUGUUACUGAUUCGAAUUUGGAUGACAGUAUGGAAUUAAUAAAUGAUUUGGAUCCAAGCAUUGCGGAACAAAUAUUAAAUGAUGAAACUAUAACAAGUAGCAACAACUUAAUAGAAGCUGUUGAUACACAAUUAAAAGAUGAAAACAUCAUUACUAGCGCGUUAGGAGAACUAAUUCAAAAUGAAAUAUUAACGAUCCCAGAAGAUACAAUCGUUAAAAUUAAUGAAAAUAUUACUGAAGGACUAACAAAUAAAGAUUUAGGAAAGCUGUGUGGUAAAUUUGGGUUAGAUUUUGAAAAUGCGUCACCAAUAACUGGAAUAACCGAAGAAAACAUCGCAGACGAAGAUAUACAAGUUAUAGAAAGUAACUUGGACAUUGAUAAAGAAAACACUUCAGAAUUUGAUUUCAGUUUACUGUUAGAAGAUUCAUUACCAGAUACUGAAUCUGACAAUCCUGAUGAUAACUUUGAUUGUAAUGAAAAAAAUUCUCCCGCGGACUUGAUGGAUUUAGCCACAGUAGAUAUACCUGAAUCGAUAGAUGGCAUUUUAGAUGAAGAGGGCUCAUUGUUCUCAAAUUUGGAUUUAUUGGAAAAUAGUAGUCUUGAUUCAAAUGAAGAACUGAAGACAGGACGUAAUGAACUUAAUGGGACAAAAAAUUAUGAAGAACCAUUGUCGCUGCCAAAUUGUGAGGAAUUAAAAGAAUGUUCAUCAAUAGAAAAUAUUAGCUUAAUGGAAAAAGAACCACAUAUUGAUUCUAAAGCAAAACGACUUGUCGAGCGGUUAAUCAAUGCCAGUACCAAAUUGAAUUUAAAUACAGUAGAACAAUCUACACAGCAAUUUGCGGGAAAGUGCUGUGUUUCAUUAAAAGAGUUAUAUAACGAAACACUUGAACAAUACAGGAUUAACUUAAAAAGUAUCAAAAAACACAUUUUAGAUGAGUGUUACGACAAAAAGAUAAAAGAGAAUGUUAGCAGCUCAACUGGUCAACAGUUUAAGUCUUUUCCGUUAAAUGAAACUGUUCCUAGCGAUGAUCCUCCAGAUUUACGAGGUAUAGAAUUUGAAAAUGAUAUCAAUUUACUUCAAAAAAUAAAUGAUUCCAGUAUUCGUGGAGCUCGCGAGCUUCAAGGUCAGAAAAAUGAAGAGAUAAUUGAUGAGUUGGUUGACCUCGGUGAUAUUCUUUUUAAAAAUAACAUUACACCUUUUAGUAUGGAAUUAGAAGAUCAAAGUAGCCAAUUAAAAAGUCUUCAAAUUCAUAAAAAUGAUCCUAUUGAAAUAAACUUAAUAAAUAACCAGAAAAAUCUAUGCGAAUUAGAACAAGAGAAAGAACUAUUUAAUGAUGAAGAUGUUAAUAUGUCAAAUAUUGAUGAAAUCCUUGACGAAAUCUGUAGUGAACAAUGCUUAGAAGCAGAAAAAGAAUUAUUAGAUCAAAUCGAGGAGCAUAAAAGCAAUAAUAAUAAUAAAAUUACAAAUAUUGAACCAAACUUAAGGGAAAACAGUAACCGCAUCUUGAAAGAUCUUUAUAAUAAAAGUGUUGAUAUGUCGGGAAGUUUAAUAAAAGAUAAACAUAAUGCUUCUGUGGGAUGUGAUUCUACUAAAAUAAGCUCUGAAACAGGGAGACGGCUCAGUGUGGAAAAACUUAAAAGAGAAAUAUUUAAUCAAUGUUUCAGUUCUGAAUGUGGGAAUACUUGUAAGAAUGGGCAUCACAAUACAACAAAAAACAAAAUCUCACAAUUUAAUACGCACAAUAUUGAAAUUGCUAAUAACUUUGACAUUAAAAAGCAAUUCAGAAACAAGCAAAAACAUAGUUCAUUAUAUAGAAAACAACCUAAUACGAAUAAACAAAAAAAUAAGCCAACCAACUUAUCACCCAGUAAAGAGAAAAUAAAAUUAAAAUAUAAGGAGUUCAGCAUUGAUUUACUUAAAGGUCAAUGUUUUGAAUUUAGUCAAAAAGGAAUUGAAGAUGAGUCUGAUUUAAACCAGAAGAAAAUAAAGAGGAAGUGUAAUGACCCAAGUUUGGAGUCAAGGAAGAUUCAAUGCACGGAAUCCUUGAUCGAAGAAAAUGAAUGUGGUCAGUCAAUAGAGCUAACUCUCAAGAAAAACGAUUCUCCUGACACCAACAUGCAAGACAGCGACUGUAGUACAUUAAAGGAACUUGAGGCGGAAUGUCCAAAUUGUGGAUUUGUUACUAAUGACGACGACGUCGACCUAAGUAUCAAAGAACCACUAACAGUGAUAAAUAAAGGUAUGUUAUUGAGUAACAUGGAAAAGAGAAGUAAUGAAAAUGACGGCAACAAAAAUGUACCUCUACGAUCAGUAUACGCGAUGGAACUCGCAUACAUCACCGCAAUACAAGCGUUACAAAGAAAAUUGAAAAAAAAGAUGGCUGUGUGUGAUUAUAGACUAAGGAAGAUGAAUAAUCUGGCUCAAAUUAAUAAUAGAUUAAUUAAAGACAAUAUAUCAUUAAAAUGUAAAACAAAACUUAUUCAGAAUAAAAUAUAA